CACACGAAUUUGUAUGUGUCAGCCUAGCUAACCAUGGAGACAGAUCCUUGAGCCCAUGUCUUCGUCAUCGGCACGGGCCAGAGAACGAGAAGAACGUUCAAAGUAAGCCAACUCCUAAGUUCUGUCAGUUGUAACAUGGCUAAUUGGAAGCACAGAUUCCUGGAUGGCAUUGUCAGGCGGCCCCGGAAGAGAAAGCGGGAUGCCGACGAUUCUGAGGAAGACGAUGCGGACAGAGAAGACGAGGGAAGGGGCGAUAGCGAGGACAUCCAGCCUAGAGAGGCUCAGGAGCAAGACAAGCCCAAGAAGAAGAGGAAGAAAUACGGCCCAAAGGGGCCGAAUCCGCUUUCAGUGAAGAAACCCAAGAAGAGUGCUGCGAACCAGACCCCUAGGAAGCCUCCUGCCCCCUCGACCGAAAAUUCGGCAGAGGCCAAAGCGAAGCGCAAGAGACGCAAGAAAUCACAGGGAGGGACCACCCAGGAUGGAACUGUCAAGGAAAUGGCUGAGAAGCACGAGAGCGCCGGGACCGACGCUGUUGAGGCUUGAUUUAAGUAGAUCUUGGCAUUGAUUAGCCGCCAUUUUACAGACACCCUACGCUACAGACUCGUACUAGCAAUGUGUUAAGGGUGGUUGUCGAAUGUCGAUUAGAUCAAUGGCAGGGCUGGUCAGCGGCUUACCUGCACGUUAACUCCUUACUAUACUGUACACCGUACUCCGUACGCGUGUAAAUUCAGGGGCUGCAAACAGGGGGUAAUGUCACAUGCCGCGUUAUCUUAUCCUCUCCAUAGGCAGUGCUAAGUCGGUGCUAAGUGG